AAGCUUUCCAUCUAUCCAUCAACACCAAGGAAAACAAAAACAACCUAAAACUCUUCCUUAUAUAGUACUCCCAUUACGUCCAGAGGUAUUCCCCUAAUAGUGUUGACUUUACUUCAUCAUCAUUCACAUUUGGUUUUUUGCGCUUGUAUUAACGAUAACAAGAGCUUUCCAUCACCAAACCAAAAACAAACUAUAGCCCUUCCUUGAGCUCUCCCAUUAUCAAUGUCGUUUGUAUUUCCAAAACCGGUGCUCACCAAGUCCAGAAAUAGCUCUUCUUAUUCUAGUUAUUCUGAUCUUGAUAUGGACGAUAAUCAUUAUAAAUUGACCACAACCUCAGAACCUGAUUAUGAUGAAUUACUGGUUCGCCUUUCACUCUAUGCCUUCAACCGACUAUCCCCCAGUGAUCAGCAAGAGAAAGUGGAAGAAAUCAGUCACACUGUCAACGUUGAAGAUGUGCAAUUCCUCGAGGAAAGUGACGAGGCUUUCAGACUGAGAACAUUUGCAGAGCUAUUCAAGAAGCUUCCCUUCGCUGAUCAGCUCAAGGUUUUUCUAUCCAAAGUUAUACGGAAAUUCAAGCGUGAAAGGCAGUUGGGGGAGUUAAUAUCUUCAUUCAAGCAACUCGACGCAGAGCAUCAACAACAACUGAUUGAAAAAGUCGUUCAUAGUACAUCCGAGAAUCUCCGGAAUCCCGGGGAAACUGAAGAGGAGUUCCGACUCAGAAGAUUCACACAGCUGUCCAGAGAUUACACCCACCACGUUCACAAGCGUCUUGUUGCCUGGAAAGAUACUGAAGUAAGUGAAGAACAAGAAGAGACAUCCGACAAUGAAAAUGGUUCAAAUUGGAAGUCCUGUUUUGCUGAAUUUUUCUUAGGUUUCUCAAUUAUUUGGUUCCAGGGUCAAAUCGCCAGGCGUCAAGACAUGCUCAUUGAACAGCUUGCCAAGGAAAUUAAAGGUGUUGUGAUUGAGAAACGUUUGCAGGAUGAAAGUGAAGAGGAUUUCAAACUCAGAAGAUUUACAGAGCUGUGCAAGAAAGUAGUUGACUUUAGGGUCCAAGAGAAAUUUCUUGACAAUGCUGAAAAGAAACUAGAAGAAUGGGGAAAUCAUGAAUCACGCAGAAUGAUCGUUGAGCCACAGGAUUCUGACUCAAUGAACAGUGGUGCUGAACUUCUCUUUCAUCUCUCGACUUUCGGGUUUAGCCUACUAUCAGCCAAGUACCAACAGCAGAAGAUUGAUGAAAUGUCUGAUCAAGUUGAAUCAGGUUUUAAAACCAAAAGACGCCUUGCAGCAGCAGCACCAGCAGAGGAUCAGACUGGUACUACUGAUCAUGAGGAAGGUUUCAGAAUGAGAAGAUUCAAAGAGCUGUUUAAUCAAGUUCCCGUCUCUACCCGAAUGUAUAUUUUCCAGGAGUUAAAGAAGAUACUGUCCCAGGAAAAGCGCUAUUCAGAGUCGAUUCGUUUCUUCAGGGGACUAGGCUCCGAGGAUCAAACGGAGGUAAUCGAGAACAUGUUCGAUCAGAUAAUGAAGUCAUCCCGAUGGGAAAGGGCGUGCGACCCUGCCGAAGUCAUAGUUGAGAAAUUCUCUGGUGAAAAUGAGGAGGAUUGCAGGCUUAGAAGAUUUAAGAAGAUGUGUAUUGAACAUGUUUCCUCCACUCGAAAUGGUGACAUCUGGCCUGAUAAUAUGCAACUGCAUAGUGCAUCUGACGACAAAGAGUACUCUCCUUAUGCCAAAUUCUUGUUUGGGGAAGCAAUUAUUUGGUUCAAAGCACGAUGCACCGAUCAUCCAAGAAACCCCAUUGAACGUAUACUUUUCGGUAAAGUUGAAUUCGGUGAUAUAAUCGAGAAACUGCCGGAGGAGAGUGAGGAGAAUUUCAGGCUCAGGAGAUUCACAGAGUCGUUGAAGCCACUUCAGCUCACUUCCCUAGAGUGUAUCCAUGACUACAUUGAAGAAAGAUUAUUUUACGAUCUAGAUCAUCGGCAUCAUCCUAUACCGGAGUUUCCUUGCGCAAGAAGGGGUUUGUUUGAUCCUGAAUUUGUCAAGGUGAGACUUCAAGGUGGAGCGGCAACCAAGCAGGUGGAGCAUGCAGCAAGUCAACCGUAGCGGGUAAUCCUACAGGUCAAGAGAAUCAGGACGGAGAUCAAGCUGCGUAGAGUAGCUGCAAUUGUGUCAUUCUGAAUUACUUUGUGAGCCUGUGAGGUGUGUUAUGCUCAUUUAGAGCUUUACAAUAUUGCUUGUGAGAGUGAAUUGUAAUAAUGAACUCAAGGUUUCGAGAUUUGGAGUUUGUGUAUCGUGUGGUGAGGUUGUUUUGAAAAAAAAAAAUUCAGAACAUUUAUUUGAUUAAGUGGUGUAA